CUUAUAAAAAGCAGCCCAGCUCGUCUCACCUCAGCCCCGCUUUUUCUUCUUCUUUUUCGUUUGUAUUCCUGUCGACGAGGACCUGCGAUGUGUUCCCUGGAUGGCGACGUGUGCGUGGUGACGGGAGCAUGUGGCUUCCUGGGGAAAACGCUAAUCAGGAUGCUCUUGGACCAGGAGAAAAACCUCAGCGAGAUCCGACUCGUCGACAUCAAUAUCAAAGAAGAGCUGAUGCAAAGUCUGGAAGAAAGUCGAGGCAACAUCAAGCUGAGCGCGUUGGAAGGCGACAUCAGAGACUCCGACUUUGUGAGGAAAGCGUGUCGAGGAGCCACGGUGGUCUUCCACAUCGCGGCCAUCAUUGAUGUCACCGACGCCAUCGAGCCCAGCGAGAUCUACGGUGUCAAUGUCAAAGGGACCCAAAACCUCCUGGAGGCGAGCGUCCAGGAGAACGUGGCCUCCUUCAUCUACACCAGCUCGCUGGAGGUGAUGGGCCCCAACAUGGAGGGCGAGCCGGUGGUGAAUGGCAACGAAGAUAUGGUCUACCGCACCCACCUCAAGUCCUCCUACAGCAAGACCAAGAAGGAGGCCGAGGACCAGACCCUGGGCUACGACGGCCACGCCCUGCCGAACGGCGGGCGCCUGGCCACCUGCGCCCUGAGGCCCAUGUACAUCUACGGCGAGGACUGCCGCUUCCUGCUCAACCACAUGGAGAAUGGCGUGCGCAACGGCGACGUCCUCUACCGGAUGUCCCUGCGUGAGGCCAAAGUCAACCCUGUCUACGUGGGCAACGUGGCGGCGGCCCACCUCCAGGCCGCCCGCUGCCUCCGAGACCCCGAACGGCGGGAGCAGGUGUCCGGCAAGUUCUAUUUCGUGUCCGACGACACGCCACACGUCAGCUACUCGGACUUCAACUACGUCGUCAUGUCGCCGCUGGGCUUCGGCAUCCAGGACAGGAUGGUGGUGCCCCUGCGCCUGUUCUACGUCGUCUGCUUGCUGUGGGAGAUGGCGUGCCUGAUCCUGCGGCCCUUCCGCCGAGUAGUGCCACCCAUCAACCGGCAGCUGCUGACCCUGCUCAACACGCCCUUCACCUUCUCCUACGACAAGGCCAAGCGCGAGCUGGGCUACACGCCCAAGUACACCUGGCAGCAGGCGCGAAGCAACACCACCCGCUGGCUGGCGCAGGAGCUGCCUAAACAACGAGAGAAAAUAUUUGCCAAGUAAAACACACUCGUGCGGUAGUUUCAACAUUGAAGAAAGAGAAGCCCAACUCCCUCGGUAGCCUGAUUUAAAACGUAAAGAGAGACUAAAUUGAGUUGAAUUGCCCCAUAGAAAGUUCCGGUGGAAUUGGACAAAACCAAUUAAAACAUUCCAAGGUGAUGCACCCCCGGGUAGCCUAAAGUCAAACCAAGAAAAGAGUAAAUUGAGUUUGUACAAAGAAAGAGUAUGUUGAAUUGAAACAAAUUCGUUUAAAACACAUCAAAGCAGGGACAUGCAACUCGCUUGGUAGCCUGAUUUAAAACAGAAACGAAAGCGAGGAAGUUUCAUUUUAACUUGAGUCAUUUGUUUGCUUUGACACAUUAGAGCAGGAAACUUUUUUAUCUUUAGUCAUCAUUUAUUAUUUGGAAACAGCUGUUUGUAAUUGCAACAACUUGUCAUGUGGCAAGCACACACUAACACACACACACACACACACACACACACAGAAGCUGUUGUGAACCAGGCCAGAGUCCAUUGAGGUCAUGAAAUGGCUGCCAGGCAAACGUUUUCGUUUGCAUAGAGCUUGAGAAAGGGCAGCGAUGUUGUUGUCAACAAAAAUAUUCAUAAUGAUAACGCCACACUAAUGGCAACAUCACCUCCUUGGCAGAAAUAUUAAUAUAGUCAUUUCACA